AUGUCGUUCCAUACCUUCAAUAUGAUCCUGUCCGGGGCUUGCACGGCAUUCACUUGUGUGACGAUUCUCACAUUGAUGUUCCUGCAUGCAACACAUCUGAGCAAACCCAAGGAGCAGCUCAAGAUCAUGCGGAUCUCCACUCUGCUCCCCUUGUACUCCAUCUUCUCUCUGCUCGGAAUCUGCUUCCCCGAGGUUUAUGUGUAUCUGGAGCCCUGGCUCGACGUGUUCCAGUCCGUCGCGCUGGGCAUUUUCUACCUGCUGAUGCUGGAGUUUCUGGCGCCGUCCAUCUCCCGCGAGAACAUGUUCUUCGCCCCGUUGGCCAUUCCACCCAGUGGAAGUGAGUCUCCCACCGAGAGUCUGAGCUGGUAUCGAAAAACAUGGAUUGCCAUCUUCCAGUACCCGGCCGUCGCGCUGUUAGCAUCCCUCGUAACCGACAUCACCCAAGCCGCCGGGGUCUACUGCAUGGAAAGCAGCAAGCCCUACUUUGCGCAUCUAUGGAUCACAAUCUUCCUCAACCUAUCCCUCGUAUCGGCCGUGUUUUCGGUGCUCAAAUUCUACAAGAGCUUCAAGGUCCAGCUAAAGAAUCAUCAGCCUCUCGCCAAGUUGCUAGCCUUCAAGCUGAUUGUCGGCUUGUCUUUCCUCGAACGGAUAAUCUUCUUCGCGCUGGGAGCGACAGACGUCCUUAAGCCCAAUGCGCAACUCACCUACGCGGACGUGAACAUCGGUAUCCCCACGAUGGUGAUCUGCAUUCAGAUGGUGCCUUUCGCCCUGUUCUUCCACUACGCGUACUCCGUCCGGCCGUAUGUCAUCCGCAGGACGUUGCCGACAAUCGAGGCGAGUUCGAACCCCGCCUAUGAGGCGGUGACGGAGUUGCGGUAUCGCGGGGGACCGCUGGGGGUCCGGGCCUGGGUGGCGAUGCUAGAUGUAAGGGAGAUUGCGGGUGCGAUUCGGUUCGCGUUGACGAUGCUUCUGGGGGGUAAGGGAGUGGGGAGAGGGGAGGAACUGGAUAAGCUUGGGGACCGGUGA